AUGAGGCUUAACGGUGGCGACCCCCGCCGGGGUCGUCAUGUGCCACAAAUCUUAGUGGCAUUGGCCAUUUUGGCUGUUGCUAAUGUUGUUUCUGCUGACCCUUAUGUAUAUGCUUCUCCUCCACCACCAACUUACGAGUACAAGUCACCACCCCCUCCUUCUCCUUCUCCUCCACCGCCUUAUGAGUAUAAGUCUCCACCACCACCGUCACCAUCUCCUCCACCACCGUAUGUGUAUAAAUCUCCACCACCACCGUCACCAUCUCCUCCACCACCGUAUGUGUAUAAAUCACCACCACCUCCUUCACCAUCACCUCCACCACCAUAUGUGUAUAAAUCACCACCACCUCCUUCACCAUCACCUCCACCACCGUAUUACUACAAAUCUCCGCCACCACCUUCUCCAUCACCACCUCCACCUUACUAUUACAAGUCUCCUCCACCACCUUCUCCAUCACCACCUCCACCAUACUACUAUAAAUCUCCACCACCACCUUCACCCUCUCCCCCACCACCUUACUAUUACAAGUCCCCACCACCACCUGCUAAGUCACCUCCUCCACCAUACUACUACUCCUCCCCUCCUCCACCAGUUAAGUCACCUCCUCCACCGUACUACUAUUCCUCCCCUCCACCACCAGUUAAGUCACCUCCACCACCGUACUACUACUCCUCCCCUCCACCACCAGUUAAGUCACCUCCCCCACCUUAUUACUAUUCUUCCCCUCCACCACCAGUUAAGUCACCACCUCCACCAUAUUACUACUCCUCCCCUCCUCCACCAGUUAAGUCACCUCCUCCACCUUACUAUUACUCCUCUCCUCCACCACCAGUUAAGUCACCUCCUCCUCCAUACUACUAUUCUUCCCCUCCACCACCAGUCAAGUCACCUCCUCCACCAUACUACUAUUCCUCCCCUCCACCACCAGUCAAGUCACCUCCCCCACCAUACUAUUACACUUCACCACCACCCCCAACUCCUUACUAUCCUCCUCACCAUUCCUUGAUCGUUAAGGUUGUUGGAAAAGUCUACUGCUACAGAUGCUAUGACUGGAAAUACCCAAAGAACUCCCACAACAAGAAGCACCUCAAAGGUGCUGUUGUUGAGGUCACAUGCAAAGUUGGUGACAAGAAAAUCAAGAGUUUUGGUACCACUAAAAUCAAUGGCAAGUUUGCUAUCACAGUCGAAGGAUUUGACUAUGCUAAAUAUGGAGCAGAUGCAUGCAAGGCUAAACUCCACAAAGCACCAAAGGGUUCAAAAUGUAACAUUCCUACGAAUCUACAUUGGGGGAUUAAAGGUGCUGGCCUCAAAGUGAAGUCAAAGAAUAAAUAUGAAGUUGUGCUCUAUGCAAAACCAUUUGCUUAUGCCUCUAAAACUCCUUAUGAAGAAUGCAUGAAGCCUAAGCCAACUCCUGCUCCUUACUAUUAUAAAUCUCCACCUCCUCCAUCACCAAAAUAUAUAUACAAGUCACCUCCUCCUCCAUCACCUAAAUAUGUGUACAAGUCACCGCCUCCUCCAACCCCAACAUAUGUGUACAAAUCACCACCUCCACCAUCACCAAAAUACGUCUAUAAGUCACCACCUCCUCCAACCCCAACGUACAUGUACAAAUCACCACCUCCACCAUCACCAAAAUAC